AUGACAAUUAUUAGAGCUCUAAUUGGGACAACAGUGAAGAAAGUAUGGGAGAUCUUCCAACUAGAUGUCAACAAUGCAUUCUUCCAUGGGGACCUCCAUGAGGAAGUAUAUAUGGAGGUACCUCCAUGUCUUGUGGUGGAAAGGCCAGGCUUAGUUGGAUACACACACUCCCUACUCGACUAUUCAUUGUUCUACAAGAAGCAUGGAACUUCAGUGGUAUUUGUGGCUAUUUAUAUAGAUGAUGUCCAAAUAAUAGGGACUGAUUUACAGGAAAUAGAAGCACUGAAGGCUUUCUUACAUGAGACCUUCAAAAUAAAGGACCUGGGAAGGCUACAUUAUUUCAUGGGGUUGGAGAUUCUGUACAAGGAUGAUAGGGUACUGAUAUCUGAAAGAAAAUUCAUAAUGGAUCUAUUGACAGAGUUUGACUGCACCAAGUACUUUGCUUUAACUUCUCCACUUGAUCCUUCAACUAAGAUAAGUGCAGCUGAGGGGUCUCUACUUUCUGAUCCUUUUCACUAUAGGAGACUAAGCCCUAGGGAGCCACACCUGAAAGCUGCAUACCAUGUACUUAGGUACCUUAAAUGUGAUCCAAGCUUAGGAAUUUUUCUAUCCAACAGCAAAGACUAUAGGGUUCGAGCCUUCUGUGACUCAGACUGGGCAGCCUGCCCUGAGUCAAGAAAAUCAGUUAGUGGAUAUGUUGUGUUGCUAGGUGAUAGCCCUAUUAGCUAA